AUGGCUUCUAUCAUUCCUGACACAAUCCACAAAGCUCAAAAAGCAGUCAUGGGUUCGCAAGGCGACAAGCUGGCCGAUCUGGCUAAGGAUACUAAGACACCCACACCCAAGAGCCUCUUCACUUCCGACACUGGUGUCAGACAGGCCACUGCCGACGACUGGUUGAAAGUCGUCAGCGACGACCAGCAGGGGCCUGCGCUACUCGAAGACCAGUUUGCGCGUGAGAAGAUCCACCGAUUUGACCAUGAGAGAAUCCCCGAGCGAGUCGUCCACGCCCGCGGUUCCGGCGCAUUUGGGACAUUCCGGCUUCUUGAAAGCGCCUCGGAUGUGACGUCAGCCGGUGUCUUGACGGACACGUCUCGCGAGACUCCCGUCUUUGUCCGGUAUUCCACGGUGCUCGGCAGCAGGGGCAGUGCCGACACAGUCCGUGAUGUGCGGGGAUUCGCCGUCAAGUUCUACACCGAGGAGGGUAACUGGGACAUCGUCGGGAACGACAUUCCCGUCUUCUUCAUCCAGGACGCGACCAAGUUCCCGGACGUGAUCCACGCCGGCAAGCCCGAGCCGCACAACGAGGUGCCGCAGGCCCAGUCGGCGCACAACAACUUCUGGGACUUCCAGUUCCUGCACCCCGAGGCAACCCACAUGUUCAUGUGGGCCAUGUCUGACCGGGGCAUCCCGCGGUCCUUCCGGAUGAUGCAGGGCUUCGGCGUCAACACCUUCACCCUCCUCAACGCCAAGGGCGAGCGCCACUUUGUCAAGUUCCACUUCAACCCCGAGCUCGGCGUGCACUCGCUCGUCUGGGACGAGGCCCUCAAGCUCGCCGGCCAGGACCCGGACUUCCACCGCAAGGACCUGUGGGAGGCCAUCGAGAACGGCAUCUACCCCAAGUGGAAAUUCGGCAUUCAGGUGAUCCCCGAGGCCGACGAGCACAAGUUCGAGUUCGACAUCCUCGACGCCACCAAGCUGUGGCCCGAGGACCUGGUCCCGGUCCGCUACAUCGGCGAGCUGGAGCUGAACCGCAACCCGGACGAGUUCUUCACGCAGACGGAGCAGAUCGCCUUCUGCACCAGCCACGUGGUGCCGGGCAUCGGCUUCUCCGACGACCCGCUCCUGCAGGGCCGCAACUUCAGCUACUUCGACACCCAGAUCACGCGCCUGGGCGUCAACUGGGAGGAGCUGCCCAUCAACCGGCCCGUGUGCCCCGUCAUGAACUUCAACCGCGACGGCGCCAUGAGGCACACCAUCCACAAGAGCAACGUCAACUACUGGCCGAACCGCCACGGGGCCGUGCCACCGGCCAGGCCCGACCAGGGCGCCUACCUCGAGUACCCGCAGAAGGUCGAGGGCAUCAAGGCGCGCGCCCGCAGCGCAAAGUUCAAGGACCACCACAGCCAGGCGCAGCUGUUCUGGAACAGCAUGAGCCCCGUCGAGCAGCGGCACAUGACGAGCGCCUUCGCCUUCGAGCUCGACCACUGCGACGACCCGAUCGUGUACGAGCGCAUGGUCACGCGCAUCGCCGAGCUCGACCUCGGCCUCGCCCAGGCCGUCGCCGCCAUGGUUGGCGGCGACAUCCCGCAGAAAGCCGGCCGCCAGAACCACGGCCGUCGGGCCCCGGGCCUGUCGCAGCUCGAGCUCCUGCCGGCCAAGCCGACCAUCGCAACGCGGAGGGUGGCCAUCAUGAUCGCCGACGGCUUCGACGCCGUCGCGUUCGGCGCCGUCAAGGCCGCGCUGGCGGCCGCCCAGGCGACGGUGCUGGUCGUCGGCCCCAACCGCCGCAAGGUCACGUCCGAGGGCGGCGCGCUGUCGCUGCAGCCGGACCACCACCUCGAGGGCCUGCGGUCGACCAUGGUGGACGCCAUCUUCGUCCCGGGGGGGGCCAAGUCGGUCGCGACGCUGUCCAAGAACGGCCGGGCCGUGCACUGGGUGCGCGAGGCCUUCGGCCACCUCAAGACCGUCGCCGCGACGGGCGAGGCCGUCGACCUGCUCAGCCUCGCGUUCAAGCUACCCGGAGUGGAGCUGUCGUCGUCGGGCGAGCCGGUCGAGUCGUACGGCGUUGUGACGUUGCGGCAGGUCAAGCCCGAGAGCUUCAGCGAGGCCAUCAAGAUCGGAAAGGGCGCAAAGGGGUUCCUGGAGAACUUCUUCUACUCCAUCGCCCAGCACCGGAACUGGGACCGGGAGCUGGACGGGCUAAACACACAGGUUGCUUACUGAGAAACGGCUGGAUCUGUUGGUGUGCCUCGCUUCU